AUAGGUCAUGCAGACCCCACAGUUGUUUUUUCCGGUCACAUGACCGCCCUGUGUUUCUGGUGACUGGUCCUUUAAGAAAGCGGAACUGAGUCUCGGCUCUUGACGCUGCUGAGGAUGUGGGCAGGAAACGCCGCGCAAGAGGAGCGGAGCGAUCACGCUUCCCAGCGCCGUUGCACAAUACAGUGCGAUGAAAAUGAGCUGUAAUCCGCCACGCUGAUGUCCAGGAGCGGAGCCUCUCCUCGGAUCCCUGCUCCCCGGAAUUCGCAGCGUAGGCUCGGAGAAUCUGCCGGCCAGGGAUUUGACUCCUAGACGAGCGAGAGCGCCGCCUUCGCAGCCUGCUUGGGUUGAAAACAUCGGGGCUGGUCAGCGGGUGGGAGAGAGGAGGCUUCGUCGCGGAAAAAGGAGGUGUCUGCCUUUUCUUCCUCCCCCUCCUCUCCUUUCCUCCUCUCCUCCUCUCCUCUCCUUGGCCAUGAGGGAGUACAAAGUGGUUGUUUUGGGCUCGGGUGGAGUCGGUAAAUCCGCCCUGACGGUCCAAUUCGUGACGGGCUCCUUCAUCGAGAAGUACGACCCCACCAUCGAGGAUUUUUACAGGAAGGAGAUCGAGGUGGACUCGUCCCCGUCCGUGCUGGAGAUCCUGGACACGGCGGGGACCGAGCAGUUCGCCUCCAUGCGGGAUCUGUACAUCAAAAACGGCCAGGGCUUCAUUCUGGUCUACAGCCUGGUCAACCAGCAGAGCUUCCAGGACAUCAAGCCCAUGAGGGACCAGAUCAUCCGGGUGAAGAGGUACGAGAGGGUUCCCAUGAUCCUGGUGGGCAACAAGGUGGACCUGGAGGGGGAGAGGGAGGUCUCCUCCGGGGAAGGCAAGGCGCUGGCCCAGGACUGGAGCUGCCCCUUCAUGGAAACUUCAGCCAAGAAUAAAGGAUCAGUGGACGAACUGUUUGCAGAGAUUGUCAGACAGAUGAACUACUCAACUGUCCCCAGUGGCGGAGACAAGUGCUGCUCAUGCGUCCUGCUCUAAACAACAACAACAACAACAACAACAACAGUAACUGAGUCCUGGCUGGUUUUUGAGCUCAUAUAUUGUCCUACAGGCAAAAGUAUUCCCUCUCCUCACACUGUUGUCUUAUUGUUGCACACAAACAAACAAACAAUUGACGAUGACAACAAUCGAUUACACUCACCAGCCAUUUUAUUAGGUACAAAUGACACCUUUUUAUAAUGUGGCAGGAUUGAUGUGUUGUGCUUUCAGAGAUGUUCUUCUUCAUACCCUGGUUGUAACAAGUGGUUAUUUUUUGCCUUUCUGUCAGUUUGAACCAGUCUGGUCAUGCUCUGAAGUUUUGGCAUCAACACAUUUUUCACUGAGAGAUCACUGGAUAUUUUCCCUCUUUCUGACCAUUCUCCGUAAACCGCAGAGCAUGGCAAGGACAAGAGUAGACCAGGGUGCGUUUAAGAUUGAUAAAGCGUUGUGUUGUAAUUGAAAUUCUGCAGCGCUGCACAAAUUCACUGCCCCAACAUUCUUGCUUUGCAGAUGACACAGCGCAACAAACGUUUUGUGGUCAACAGUCUGCAAAGGGAAUGUGAAGGCACCAUGGUUUGCUGGUUAAAUGCGAAAAUGACCGGUCACGCCAAUUUCUAUCACAAUUUCUGCAGCCCGUGUGACACACGGCAGAUUCAGAAGUCGCCCUGGUCUCGAUUGUGACGCUCAGGUUGAACUUCAGCAGGUCGUCUGGACCUUGUCAACAUGAGCUGCUGUGGUGUCAUUGGCAGUUUUGAUAUUUAUAGUGACAGGUGAAACCUAAUGGGUGUACCUAUUAAAGUGGCUGGUGACUUUCUGUAUGAUAGUUUGGAAAAGUGUUUACAUGACAAAGUACUUGAAUGUUUUGGGAUUUUUUUUUUUAUAGCUUUGUAUAUGACACUUCUCUGGUAAUGUGCCUCAAUGGGAAUGUCUCAUUGUGAAACCUAAGAGACACAUGAUUUCCUUUGCUUCUUCUCCCUGCCCCCCCAUUCGUCUCUCUCUCUCUCUUCUCCUCUAUUUGUGGUUUUAUUUGUUAAGUUGUACUGUUUGAUUAUCUGGACUGGGUCCACCAGUCUUGGAGAGAUUGGUGGUGUGGGUUAUUGUGUCCUGUGGCUGAAAGAGACCUUGACGUAUUUGAAAAUCGCUCGUGAAGCUUGCACAGGUUGCUCAAAUACAAUCUCGAUUUUCCUGCGAAAUGUCUGGAGGUGCAGACGCUCCCACGAAGGCUACGUUUAAAAAAAACAA